AGACUUUGCGGACGAGUUUCCAUGAGCCAUGAAGUGGUCAUGCGAUGGCAGCGGCAGAAGUUCUGCUUCCGCGGACAGGGUUUUGAGGUGGAGCACUUCGAUGUGGCGGAGGCGGAGUCCUCAUCCUCGGGGGAGGACGAGGAGGCUGUGCGGGCGCGGCGCCUGCGCCGAGACCGGGAGGCACGGCUGCAGCGCUGCGAGACGGAGCUGGGCGCAUGCCUCUGGAUCGACACGAACCGCGCGGCGCUGCAAGUGCUGGAGGACCGCGGCAGCUACCGGGGCCUCCGCGUGCUGGAGUUGGGCGCUGGCGCAGGCGCCUGCGGCAUCGCGACGGCGCUGGAUGGCGCAGAUGCGACGGUGUCUGAUGUGGACGCGCUGCUGCCACUGCUGCAGCGAAAUCUCGAGCUCAACCAGCUGCGGCCAGAGGCAGGAGAUGAGGCACCGGAUGAAGAGGCGAGAGAAGAGGAGGAGGCCACAGCAAAAACGAAGGCCAAGAUGAGGAGGGCCAAGGCAGAGAAGGCGGCGGAGAAGGAGCCUACUGAGAGCACUGCAAAGGGUCGGCGGAGGCGAAAUGCACCCAGCCCCAGGCCGUUUUGGCAUCGCUGCUUGGUCCGUCUGGCGUGUCGCAAAACCCACCCGCCGAGCUGGGAACUCCCCAGGAAGAAGGGGAGCUGCCAGGCUGUAGCCAUUGAGUGGGAGAAGGAAGCCCUACACCCCACUCUGCCAGAGAAGGCCUUCGACCUCAUCGUGGUCUGCGAUUGCCUAUACGAGAACCGGGACAGCUGGGCAGCCCUUCAGGCGCUGCUGGCGCGUCUCCUCGUCCCCGCGGAGAGCGGCGCGGCGAGCUCCGUGGUGUUGGCGUCGGCGGAGCUGCGGCGGCCGUUUCUGGAGGCCUUUGUAGCGCAGCUGCUGGAGGCUGGCUUCACGCUUUUGACGCGCCGUGAGGACGGGGGACGCUUGGGCGAGGUCUCUGUGGCGAUCCUUUCGCGGUACCAGCCGGUUGGUGGGCCCGCGUCCAAUGGCUUCACGCAGGCGCAGUCUGCUCCCAUCGGGGAGCAUGGUCCGAAUGAGGAGACGCUCGCGACUCCGGAGGCUGCGCAAGACUGCAUCCCAGUGGAGGAGCAGGAAAUUACUUUGACAGUCCCGGCGAUUGCACAGCCUGGAAUGAAGCUUCAAUACAGAACGCCUGAUGGGCAGGAGCUGCGGCUGACGGUGCCGGAAGGCGUGCCGCCCGGCAGUGUCCUGACCCUCACACAGGACCCGGCCACGAAGCAGUGGAAGUGCAUGGCGGAACCGGCAGACGAGCCCCCCGACUUUCCGUACCCCAGCCAGGCCCCGCAAGCCCCGGUAGCAUAUCCUGCGCAGCCCAGCACGCUGCCCAUGGCGCAAGCCUACCCCGCCCAGGGGCCUCCGCAGCGGGCUGUGAACCUCUCCUUUGUGCCGCCCCCAGUGCCGGCGCAAAGCUAUGCGGCCACGCAGAUGGACCCCGCGCGCUUCAACCCUCCGAGGCAAGACCCUAUGGUCUUUGGCAUGCCCAAGACCUCAUGCCUCAGCGGCACUCCUACACGCCGCCGCCAGUCAGCAUUUUGGAGCGGCCCUCCUACACGCCGAUGCCGCAGGUCUUGGCUGGACGUCCUGGUUCGUUUCAGCCUCCGCCAGUGCUGA